GCGUAAAUUUGAAAAGAGUCAACAUGUCAGUAUAUAAAAUAAACUAUUUCAGUUACGUUGUAUUUAAAUAAAAUUUUUAGCAAUUAAUAGUAAAUUAAUGACAUUUAAAGUGAAAAACUAUAAUAUAUUGGAAUCACAGCAUAUCAGUCUUAAUGACAACAAUUAAAACUAAUGGAACUUUAAGGUUAUGUUGACUUUUCUUCUGUACAGUGUUUUCGACAUUUCCGCACGGAUUAUCAUUAAUUAAAUUAUAUUAUCAAGGAAUAAGCAUCAAAUUCGUUUUCGAGAUUGUUGUUUAAUGGCAAAAAAAGUGUGAAUAAAAGAAGGAUUAGCCUUUCAUUAAUAUUAAAUCAACAAAAAGAGAAAAACAUGAAAGUUCUUAAUGUUGCUGAGAAAAAUGAUGCUGCUAAAAAUAUAGCAAACUGCAUUUCACGUGGUGGUAAUCGAUGGAGAGAUGGUUUAUCAAAAUUCAAUAAAAUCUACGAAUUCAAUACACAAUUAUGGAAUCAAAAUUGUCAAAUGUUGAUGACAUCGGUGUCGGGUCAUUUAUUAACUUACGAAUUUGUAGGAAAUUAUCGAAAAUGGCACGGAUGUCAUCCUUUAAGUUUAUUUGAGGCUCCAGUUGUAAAAAAUUGUCCCGAUGAUUUUAUUAAAAUUAAACAAACACUGGAGAGAGAAGUGAAAAGUUGUAAUGCUCUUAUCAUUUGGACUGAUUGUGAUAGAGAAGGAGAAAAUAUAGGUUUUGAAAUAAUUAAAGUAUGCACUGCCAUUAAACCCAAUAUUAGGGUCUACAGGGCAAAAUUUUCUGAAAUAACAAAUCAAUCGAUAAGCAGAGCUCUUGCAACUCUCGGCGAGCCAAAUAAAGCAGUUAGUGAUGCUGUUGACGUGAGAAGUGAAUUAGAUUUAAGAAUAGGGGCUGCAUUUACUAGAUUUCAAACAUUAAGACUUCAAAAAGUAUUUCCUCAAAAAUUAGCAGACAUGUUAAUUAGCUAUGGAAGUUGUCAAUUUCCUACUCUUGGUUUUGUCGUCGAGAGAUUUCUUGCUAUUGAACGAUUUCAGCCGGAAACUUACUGGAAAAUAAAAGUGCUUGACGUGCGAAAUGAUCUUCAUGUUGAAUUUAGAUGGGCGCGAAAUAGACUUUUUGAAAAAUUACCUUGCCAGGUUCUUUUUGAAAUGUGUCAAGAAAAUCCUGUUGCUACUGUUGAAAAAGUAACGAGUAAACCAAAAAGUAAAUGGAGACCAUUGCCUUUGGACACUGUUGAACUCGAGAAAUUAGGAUCACGAAAACUUCGACUUAGUGCAAAAGAAACAAUGCAAGCGGCAGAGAAACUUUAUACUCAGGGUUUCAUUAGUUAUCCACGUACGGAGACAAAUAUUUUUCCCAAGGAAUUAAAUUUACAACCCCUUGUACAACAACAAACAGAGAGUGGAAAUUGGGGUGAUUUCGCUCAACGUGUUUUGCAAGAUGGAAUUAAUCCUCGGCAAGGAAAAAAGAGUGAUCAAGCCCAUCCACCUAUACAUCCAAUUAAAUUUGCCAAUAAUCUUCAUGGAAAUGAAGCAAAAGUGUAUGAGUUUGUUGUGAGGCAUUUUCUCGCAUGUAUUGCCAAAAAUGCCGAAGGUCAAGAGACAAUUGUUGAUAUUGACAUUGCUGGUGAGAAAUUUAUUGCCAAUGGUUUGCAAAUUAUUGCAAAAAAUUAUUUGGACGUUUAUGUUUAUGAAAAAUGGAACGCCAAAGAGAUACAUGCCUAUGAACAGGGACAAAACUUUAGACCGACUAGUAUUGAAAUGCCAGAGGAGAAAACUUCACCACCAAAUUUAUUGACUGAAGCCGAUUUAAUUGCCUUAAUGGAUAAACAUGGAAUUGGCACUGAUGCAACACAUGCUGAACAUAUUGAAACAAUUAAAAAGCGAGAAUACGUUGGUCUUACGGCUAAUCAACAUUUUAUGCCUGGAAAAUUGGGUAUUGGCCUUGUGAUGGGUUAUGACAAAAUGGGCUUUCAAAUGUCCAAACCCAAUCUUAGAGCUGAACUUGAAAAUGAUUUAAAAUUAAUAUGCGAGGGACAAAAGAAUCCAAACGAUGUUCUCACACGGCAAGUAACGAAAUAUCGAGAUGUUUUUAAAAUUGCUCUUGAACGUGCCAAUUUAAUUGACACUUCACUUGCCGAAUAUCUUGACGAUGUUCCAGUGGCUACGGCUGACAUUGAAAUUCCAGAAGUUGCGAUGAAUCCCACUAUUUUGAAAUGUCCCCGAUGUGGUUUCGAUAUGACAUUGAAAGAUCGAAGAAAUCAAGAAGGAAAAUACAUAAGUUGCAUGAAUUUUCCAGCGUGUAGUAACGCUAUUUGGUUACCUUUGGCCGUUGUGAAUGUUGAAGUUCAAGAUCAAAUAUGCAAUCAAUGUCCAGGAGGAAUGCACAAAUUAAAAUUUAAAUUUAAACCUGGAGCAAUGCCACGUUUUGGCGUGGAGUACACGACAUGUAUUGGUGGUUGUGACGAGAUAUUUAAUGACAGUAUGGAUAUAAAAUUAAACAAUGUUCGAAAUACCGGACGAUCAAAUGAUUCAGGUUAUCAAAGUUCGAAUAGCACACAACGAAGUUCUCAAAGUAAUUCGUCUAGUCAGAGAAAUAAUAAUGCCACUAGUAGUACAAAUAAUUCACGAUCAAUGUCACAAGCGAGACAACAACAAAGUCAAGGAAAUUCAAAUAAUACAGUUCAAUUUAGACAACCUGAGAAUACACGACAACAAAAUGGAUGGUCAAGACAAAAUAAUCAAGAAACAAGGACAAAUGUUGGGAUGGUCACGUCAAAUGCAAAUAGUAAUUCAAAUAUUAGUCAAAAUUGGGGUUCUGUAGAUGAUGGUUCAGCAAUUUUAUGUAACUGUCAUAAUCCUGCUAUUCAAUUAACUGUCAGAAAGGAUGGACCAAAUAUAGGUCGACAAUUUUUCAAAUGUGCUCAACCACAAGGAUCGGGUUGUAAUUAUUUUAUGUGGGCAUCCAGUGAUGAAAAUAACAGUACUGGAACUCAACCUCCUCCUUCAGGGGGAAACACGUAUAAUCAAAAUACACAAAAUGACUGGCGUAAUAAUUACAAUGCACCAGGUCCAUCAACAAAUUGGUCAAAUAGUAAUAAUUUGAAUACAUCAGGUGACAAUGUUACUUGCAAUUGUGGUCAACCUGCUAAAAAAUUAACAGUUCAGAAGGAAGGAGUAAAUAAAGGACGACAAUUUUAUGGGUGUCCGAAAGGAAUGCAGAGUACUUGUAAAUUUUUCCAAUGGGCCGACGAAACAAACGCAAAUGCAAGUUACAGAGGAGAUGAUGAUGAUGGAGGCGGUGAUGGAGGAGGAACUUGGGGUGGCGGUAAUAGAGGUGGUGGAAACUGGGGAGGUGGAGAUUGGGGAUCAUCAUCUUCGGGAAGAGGUCGUGGAAGAGGUGGAAAUGCACCUAAAAAACCACGAGCUCCAGGUGCUAAAAGAAAAUGCGGAAUCUGUGGAACUGAAGGUCAUACGAAGAAAACAUGUCCUCGAAAUUCAAGAGAUUGAUGUGUUACACAAGGUACAUUUUUUUUUCAGUAAACAGAAUUUUUUAAAAAAGUUUUAUUCUGAGAAUCGAGUCAUAUUGACAAGUUUUAUUAAACUACACGAAUGAGAAGUUUAAUUAUCACUGUGAUUUCGUUAAAAAUAGUAUACAUUUAAAAUGAUUUUGUGCCUUUCUUAGGUUAAGGAUACACUUUUAACUAUAUUUCAGAUAAUUAAAUUUUUUUUCACUAGUUAAAGAAAAUUGGAUAUUUAUACUAAAAAAGGAAAGAUCACAAAAUAAUUCAAAUUCAUGUAAUAUUUAACAUAAAUUAGUUUAGAGUUUAAUAAGUUACAAUGAAUUAUGAAUUAUUUGUGAUUAUUUUUAAAAUGUACGUAUACUGUAUAUAUAGUAAAAGUGAAAUUAGCUUUUUUAUUUUUGUAAUAAAGUAUUUCAUAAAAUAUAAUAAUUCAUUGAUA